AUGAAGCCUAUCCAGAAAACCUGGGACAGAUUGCUCGUUUCUGCUCUUUGUCUCCCUCUAGCAGCUGCAGAUUGGCAGUUUCGGUCUCGCCCUGAUCUGGCUCCUCCACGCCUCAACAUCAGCAUCCCAGCAGCCCCAAGCGUCGAGACGGGCUACCUGUUCAUCGCGCCCUUCUCAAGCUUUGGGGACUCAAACUCUCACGGUCCUCGUCAGGCUGCUCCGUAUAUAUUUCGGGAUGAUGGAGACUUGGUAUGGUCCGGUUACGGGUAUUAUUCCAUCUGGGCCACCAAUUUCCAGAAGUCACGCUGGAAUGGCAAGGAUGUCCUCAUCUCAUUUGAAGGAGACCAUAAUCCCGGCUAUGGACAUGGACACGGACAUGCUACGUUUCUAGACCAGCAGUACGAAACAAUUAGAGAGCUGCGAGCCGGAAACCACAAAUUGAUGGACAAACAUGAAUUUGAGGUGGUGGACGAAACAACUGCAUUGAUACAGGUCUAUCAGCCAGUUGUAAGGGAUCUCAGGAGAUGGGGCGGAAACAACCAGCAGCAGUGGAUUGUAGAUGCGAUCUUUCAGGAACUUGAUAUCCAGACUGGAAAAGUAGUUUUUGAAUGGUCUAGUCUUGAACAUGUUUCUCCAGACGAGGCGAUCCUUCCGCUAAACCCAGGGCAAGCCGGAUCUGGAUUCAAUUCGUCUGACGCAUGGGACUACUUUCAUAUCAAUUCUGUCGACAAGGAUAGCGAUGGCAACUACUUGAUCUCCGCGCGGGACGCAUGCUCAAUCCACAAGGUCAAUGGAACCAGCGGGGAGAUAAUCUGGCGUCUUGCUGGGAAACGAUCAGAUUUUGAACUUGGACCCAACGUGGAUUUUUGCUUUCAACACCAUGCCCGUUUUGUCUCGCAGGAGGAAGACGAGGAGAUUAUUUCACUUUAUGAUAACUCUGCACACGGCACUGAAGAUGGACGAGGUCACGAAGUCCAUACACACCCCUUCUCGCAAGGCAAAAUCCUGCGUUUGAAUACCAAGAACUGGACCGCAACCGUCGUUCAAGCGUUUGCUCCACCAGAGGGAUAUAACCUUCUCUCCAAGUCGCAGGGAAGCACUCAGCUUCUUCCCAAUGGUAACGUUAUUGUCAACUGGGGUUCUUCGGGGGCCUUGACUGAAUACCUGCCAAACGGCACGGCUAUUUUCCAUACUUCCUUUGGUUCUGGCUUCUUGGGUCUGGGUGUCCAAAACUAUCGGGGAUACAGGUUUAAUUGGACCGGCUUUCCGAACGAGGAACCCGCAAUCGUGGCAAUUCAAGCCGGGGCUAAAACAGGCGUGUACGUGUCGUGGAACGGGGACACUGAAACAAAAACAUGGAGAUUCUUUCAAACUGGCGAUGACGCAGAUAGAUAUCUGGGAGAGACUCCAAGGACAGGCUUUGAAACUGUUUUCUGGGUGCCUGCGGGAAUUCAAAACAUCAAGGCCGAAGCCAUUGGCGCCGAUGGCAACGUGCUGAGAACGACUGAAGAAGCAACAGUGGAAUAUGAUGGCCAUUUUGAAAACUCGUACGGCUUGACACAGGGAUCUCUUCAGAAACCUCUUGCUGUCUAA